ACUGUAUAAAAGUGGUUGAAAAACUUUUUUAAAAAGUGUUGAAUAUCUAUUCUAAGAAGUGAACUGCUCUUGCAGCAGACAUCUGUGCUACACCUGGAGGAGGAUGCAGUUGGUUGUCCUGGUGGUGGUGCUAGCCCUGGGGAAGGGAUGCUUCAGCUGCAACCUGAAAAACGUUAGCAUCCUCAUGAAGAGAUGUGAUCAGGAGGUGUGCAUCCACACCACAAUCUGUGAAGGGCUGUGCUACUUCCAGGACCCUGUCUUUGAAAACCCUGAAGUGGCGCCUGUGCAAACGAUCUGCAAAGGAGACUGGUCCUACGAGGUGCAAGAUAGACAUAGAAGGGGGUGUCCGGGAAGCAUCACUUACCCUGUGGCUACAAACUGCGACUGUUCCAGAUGUAACACAGAACACAGAGCCGCUUUUAUGGACAUACCCAACUGUUAA